GCAAUUGUGACGCCACUCGCCCUUGGUGGGUGGCUACGGCACACCGCGAUGAUUAAGCUUUUCAGCUAGCCCUAAGAAGGGCGAAGGGGUGGCUUCGGAGUUCCAGGAGACGCUGGAAAGCUGGAGCACCGGGGUUCCUACGCUGCCCUCACUACACCGGUAAAACGGAAAUCCUGCUCCAGUGGAGCCAGCAGUCCCCAGGUGGAAGCGGUGGCCCUGAGGCUGCCCCCCGGGCAGCAAAGGGAGCAUCCUCACCUGGUAAGAGGGAGAAGGGAAACUUGGCGCGUAUCUCCCGCGGUGCCAAAGACCAGCCCACCAGCUGCACUGCAGAAACUUAAUACCUCGGAGCAGCGGGAACGUUCAUUUAUUUUCUUACUAGACGUUUGUCUUAAACAUGGACAAACACACCGCCUUCAGAGUAGUGUUUACGUAGUCCGUAAGGGCAACUUUUGCUUCAAGACGUGUUUGAUGCUUCCAAUAUUUGAAUUCUGAUAACUGCUUGGCAUAAUAUUUAAACAUAAAACUGUUAAUUUCCUUUCUCCUUGGUUGGGCCCGAAAUACUAUUUUUGUCUUUCGGGUGUUGAUGUUGAAAUAUGCCUUUUUAGCAUGUUGAAAUGGCUGUACCUAAAGACGCCAUCCCUUCCUUGUCGGAAUGCCAGUGCGGGAUCUGCAUGGAAAUCCUGAUUGAACCCGUAACACUGCCCUGUAAUCACACUGUCUGUAAUGCAUGCUUCCAAUUGACUGUGGAAAAGGCGAGUUUAUGCUGUCCUUUCUGUCGCCGCCGGGUCUCUUCGUGGACCCGGUACCAUGCCCGAAGAAAUUCUCUCAUCAAUAAGAAACUGUGGGAGAUAAUCAAAAAGCACUAUCCAGAGGAAUGCAAGAUUAGAGCCUCUGGGCAAGGAUCAGAAGAAAUCGUUGAUGACUAUCGGCCAGUUCAUCUGUUAAGUAAACCUGGGGAAUUGAGAAGAGAAUAUGAAGAGGAAAAAAGCAAGGUGGAGGCAGAGCGACGAGCCAAUGAGGAAGAAGAAAACAAAGCCAGUGAAGAAUACAUCCAGAAAUUAUUGGCAGAGGAGGAAGAAGAAGAAAAAAGACAGGCAGAACAAAGGAGAAGAGAGAUGGAAGAACAGCUGAAAAGUGAUGAAGAAUUGGCAAGAAAGCUAAGCAUUACUAUUAACCAUUUCUGUGAUGGAAAAGUCUUGGCUUCUCCCAUGAAUUCUAGAAAAUCGGAUCCAGUCACAAGCAAGUUGCAAAAGAAAAAUAAAAACAAACAAACAAGUACUGGAGAUAUUGAGAAGUAUUUGUCACCUAAAUCUCCAUUUGGGUCAGCAUCACAGUCUGAAGUUGUACAAGAAAGCAAGAAGUGCUCCAUGUCUAAGGAAACUGAUGGUAGUGAUGUGAAGAGCCCUAUGUGGCAAGAAAUUGAGGAAGAUAUGCCAACACUUUCUCCACAAUUAUGCCUUGAAAUUCAAGAACAAGAUACAAAGUCUUUAAUAGAAUCACCUAUGCCUCAGUUAUGUGCCAGUGGUACAGAAUGGUGCCUUGAAGAAGUCAAAAUGAAGCCAAGCAAUCAUGAUAAAGAAUUGUGUGUCACAAAUUAUGAGGGACCCAAAGCCAGAGUUCCCUGCUCUAGAGAAGCUGAAGUUAAGCCUUGUGGCAAACCAGAGAAUGGGUGCACUAUAGUAGAUAUGACACAGAUAAUUGAAAAUAACACAAUUGAGACAGAAAAUGAAGAGUCUCGCCUACUGAUCAGUAAGGAAGAUAUAUCCAAAAGAAAAAACCAAGAGCCUUUGUUUGAAGCAGUGAGGGAUCCAUGCUUUUCUGCAAAAAGAAGGAAAAUGUUCCCUGCAUCUUCCUCAGAGCAAGAAGAAACAGAAAUCAGCUUUACCCAAAAACUGUUAGAUUUGGAACAUCUACUCUUUGAGAGACGUAAACAAGAAGAACAGGACAGGUUAUUAGCAUUACAAAUUCAAAAAGAAGUGGAUAAAGAACAAAUGAAGCCAAACCGACAAAAAGGAUCCCCAGAUGAAUAUCAGUUACGUGCCACACCCUCACCUCCAGACAAAUUGCUAAAUAGACGGAGGAAUAAUUCCAAAGAUAGGGACUUUAAAGGACAAACUGAUAUAGAGCAUUCAAAACCUCAGCGAGUCCCAAAAAAUGAACAUUGGCAACCUUCCUUUAAGAUCCAGUUGAAACAUUCAGUUAAUGUUAAUGGAAGAAGGAAGCCAAAUUCUUCUGGAGAUCAUUGUAAUGUAUCUAAAAGUGCUCAUUCCCUACAGUCUAGUAAGUCACAGAAGAGUAUUUUUCAGAUGUUUCAGAGAUACACAGAGUGAUGCAUGAGUGGAGGGAAUGUUUUAAAAUCUAGUAAAGCUGGAUCGUAAUGCUCCUUUUUUUUUAUUAAAGAAGGUGUAUACUUUUUUUAUUCUGCUCUGUGGGCACAACUCAUUGUCUGUAAUUGAAGGACUGUGCAAUUAUGAGGGAGGAAUGUAGAAAUGUACUUCUGCCCAAGUCAGUGAUAAACAAGAGUCCCGAUCCUUUAUUAACAACUGUGAUAUGCUAAGGUGGACGAUCCUUAUAGAUCAUAGAUACAGGAACUCCUAGGCCAACUCCCAAGAAAUCUUUAAGUGCCAUUCUCUUUCCAAAAAAAUGCAUGUUUUAUUCCCUUUGCUCAACUUUUUGACCUGACUUAACUCCUUGGUAUAGUAUAAUCUUGCUUUGAUUAUACUAUACCAACUAGUUAAGGAAUUAGGCUUAAAAAUCAGGUUUUUUUGUUACUUUGCCAUGCUUGCCAUGUGAAAUGUAUCUUCUAUAACACUAAAGUAAUCUGACUUUUAUCUUUUUAUUUUAAGCAUUAUGGCAUUUUAUUUAAAAUGGGUUAGGAUCACAUGAAAUCAGAGUUUUCUGGAAAAUUGUGAUUGACAGAAAGGAAACUAGACAUCCGAUACAAAGGAGUUAAGAGUAGAGGUUAGGCUGAGUAGAGCAAACCGACACUUUGGAAACAUUGGAACUCAGUGGGUGAUCAGAAACUGGGUCCAGGACAGAGCAGCAGGUGUAGUUGUUAGGCAGAGCAUGCUCCCUAAUUCUUUGCCAAAUGACAGAAAACAUUGAGUUUUACAGCUUGUCACACUGCAGACACUGCUGUCAAAAUCAAAAUUAGUUAUUAAAUUACCUGUAAUUUUGGAAAUUAACAUUUUUAUGAAUCUUCUAUUCCAGGGGAAAAAGAUGGGAAUUUACUGUAGGAGAGUUAAAUCACAAUAUACUGUGUUUGGAACCUGAAACAUAAAUAACCAUGUGUUUAUUUACUUAUAUUAUCAUCUGUAUUGGGAGUGACUUUUAUUUGUAUUUAUGGACAGAAAUAUUAUGAUGCUUGGGUUUUACCUUAUACUACCCCUCAAAGUUAAAUCAGAGUCAGUGCUUUCAUUUUGCGACAUUUAGAAAUUCCUAAAUUUUUGUUUCAUUAAUAUGAGCAACCUUCAGCAAACAACAGUUUUAACAGCAUGUCUGCUGAUGUCUAGUAAUUCAUCCUUUUAAAGGUAAAAAGACAAUAAAAUGUCCUAAGAGCUUUAGUCUACCUUAACUUUGUCAGUAUUUUUACACACUCUGAGUAGUGAUUAUGCUGAAAUAACAUGUACUCAGAAACUAACAAAAUUUGCCUAAAACAGACUAAAAUUUAUUUCUCAUCAAACUGAUACUUUUCAAAGAGUGAUUUCACUCCACAUUUUAGGGAAGACAUUGAUGGGUCUGAGCCCUGACUAGUGUGGCUCAGUGGGUUGAAUGUCGGCCUGUGAAUUGGAGGGUCCCCGGUUCAAUUCUCAGCUAGAGCACAUGCCUGGGUUGUCGGCCAGGUCUCCAGCUGGCAGUGUGUGAGAGGCAACCAAUAAUCGAUGUUUCCUUGCACAUCAAUGUUUCUCUCCCUCUCUUUCUCCCUUCCUUCGCCUCUCUCUAAAAAUAAAAAGUAAACAAAUAAAAGUUAUAUAAUUAAGUUUUCCUGAAAUAGUCCAUGACUGAAGCGGGGGGUUGGGGUGGGGAUAGUAUGAUGUACCUAGGAUUUAUAUAUUUAAUUAUUUAUAUGUCUGUGAAGUCUUCCUGACUAAAGUUGGUUUUAAAAUAAAUUUAAAUUUCUUUAAUUAGUCUUUCCUUUUUAAAAAAUCUUUUAAAAACAUUUUUAUUUACUUAUUUUUAGAGAGGGGAAGGGAGGGAGAAAGGAGCAGAGAAACAUCA